GCCCCUCCCCCCGCGGUGGCUGUGGCGGCGCGGUCGGUUCGGUCCCGGUUCGGGAGAUGAAGAACCGACACCUGCCCCCGGUUCGGGGCCUCGGGGAGCCGGUGGGAUCCCUGCUGAGCUCCGCCGGUGGGACCCGGUAACGGGAGCGAGGCUGCGGGACGGGGAGGAUCUGUGCUAUGCGGUGGUGGCUCCGCGCGGCCUUCCUCAGCCUGCUCGCUGGCACCGACGGCAGCGGGCAGAGCGGGGCCGUGGUUGGCCGCGUCGGGGACAGCGCCGUGUUGGGCUGCGACCUGUUGGGCUCCCAGCCGGGCCGGCCGCCGCUCUACGUGAUCGAGUGGGUGCGAGUCGGCUUCGUCCUCCCCAUCUUCAUCAAGUUCGGCCUCUAUUCACCACGCGUGGACCCCGAGUACAUCGGUCGCGUGCGGAUUGAGGAGGGAGCAUCGCUGCGCAUCGACCUGCUGCGCGCUGAGGAUCAGGGCUGGUACGAGUGCAGGGUGCUCUUCCUCGACCGCCCCAGCGCUGAUGCUGACUUCCAGAACGGGACCUGGAUUCACCUCACUGUUAACGCACCCCCAACCUUCCUGGUGACCCCCCCUGCGUUUGUGGAGGUGCGGGACCGCGACGCGCUGAGCCUCACCUGCACGGCUGUGGGCAACCCACAGCCCAUCAUCAGCUGGAAGAGGAGCGACCUGGCCCUGCAGAGCGGGGACACGGUGCAGGUGAGGAACGGGACGCUGAGCAUCGCCGCGGUGGAGCGCGCCAGUGCAGGCACCUACACGUGCCAUGCGUCCAGCAAGGAGGGCACCAUCACCCACACCACCCGUGUGCUGGUGCAGGGGCCGCCCGUCAUCGUGGUGCCACCGCAGAACAUCACUGUUAACAUCUCCCAAGAUGCCUUCCUGGCCUGCCAGGCUGAGGCCUACCCAGGAAACCUCACCUACACCUGGUUCCAGGGCAGCAGCAACGUGUUCCACCUCAGUCACCUCCAGGCACGGGUGCGCAUCCUGGUGGAUGGGAGCCUCCUGCUCCAGCGAACCAUCCCAGAUGAUGCGGGCAAAUACACCUGCAUCGCCAGCAACGGGCUGUGGAAGCCGCCUUCAGCCUCAGCCUUCAUCACAGUGCUAUACCCAGCACAGGUGACCACCAUGCUCCCAGAGACCCACCUGCCCAAGGGGAUGCGAGGCAUCAUCCGCUGCCCCACCAGAGCCAACCCCCCUCUGCUCUCUGUCAGCUGGACACGGGACGGGCACCCACUGGAGCUGGGCAAGUUCCCAGGGUGGUCCACGAGACCUGAUGGCUCCAUCGUCAUCGCCACGGGGAAUGAUGAUGCUCUGGGGGUUUACACCUGCACCCCAUACAACAGCUACGGCACCGCCGGCGCAUCCCGACCCACUCGUGUCCUGCUCAAGGACCCCCCCAGCUUCACGGUGCGUCCCAAGGAGGAAUACUUCCAAGAGGUGGGCAGGGAGCUGGUGAUCCCUUGCAUGGCCCAUGGGGACCCCCCACCCACUGUCACCUGGGGGAAGGUGGGCAGUGCAGGGCAGAUUGGUGCCCAGGUGGAUGGGAACAGCAGCCUCAUCUUUCACCCACUCAUCAAGGAGCAGCAUGGGGUGUGGGAGUGCACAGCCACCAACGCAGUGGCCAGUGUCAGCACUGCCACCACCGUCCACGUGCUGGGAACCAGCCCUCACGCCGUCACCAACGUCUCCGUGCUCCCGCUCCUGUUGGCAGCCAACAUCUCCUGGGAGCCAGGCUUUGAUGGAGGCUACUUCCAAAGGUUCAGCGUCUGGUACACACCGCUGGUGAAGCACCCACCUCGUGCCCACCACGACUGGGUGUCGCUGGCGGUGCCGCCGGGGGCUCAGCACCUCUUGGUGGAGAACCUGCAGCCAGACACGAGCUAUCAGUUCAGCGUGCUGGCUCAGAACAAGCUGGGCAGUGGUCCCUUCAGCCAGAUCGUCACCUCCGUGCCCAGGGGCUUCCCAGUGACCACAGUGCCUCCAGAGCCGCCGGCUGUCACCGUGCACAUCCUGCUGUCCCCACCACAGGCUCUGAGUGCCAACCAGACGGCGCGGGGGGUCCUGCUUCGUUGGCAGCCCCCGGUGCAGCUCUCGGUGCCGCUGAGCGGUUACGCCUUGGAGCUGCGGCAGGACCGGGGCGGCUGGGAGGUGCUGGAGCGCUCCAUCCCCAGCACAGAGAGCCAGGUGCUGGUGCCGGGGCUCAUCAAGGACGCCUUCUAUGAGUUCCGCCUGGUGGCCUUUGCUGGCAGCUACAUCAGCGACCCCAGCAACACGGUGAACGUCUCCACGGCAGGGAUGGAGGUGUACCCAUCCCGUACGCAGCUCCCCGAGCUGCUCCCACAGCCUGUGCUGGCCGGGGUGAUCGGUGGGAUCUGCUUCCUCAGCGUGGCCAUCAUCUUCAGCACCACGGCCGCCUGCAUCAUGAACCGGCGCCGGGCCGCCCGCGUCCAGAAGAGACGCCAAGAUCCACCGCUUGUCUUCUCCCCCAACAAGAAGCUCCCAGCUGCGCACCCUUCUCACACCUCUGAUAGCCCACCCAGCACGGCCAAGAUGAAGCUACAACCCUCCCCAUGCCCCAGCCUGCGUCGGGCUCUGCUAUGGGGUGAGAAGGCAGGCACCAGCCUGGGGCUGAGCAUCGCGGGGGGGUCCGGUGCUGGAUACACCCUCUAUGAGAGCCACGUUGGAGAGCACGUCCCAUUGGAGCGCAUCCGCCGUGGCCCCGACGGCCGCUUCGUGGUGGAGACCACCGAGACGACCCCCCCACAGCAGGACCCCCCCUGUGCACGUAGCCAGGAGAUGGAGCCCAUCUGGCACAAGGAGGUGGCGUUACGCUCUCGCCCCCCCGGGAACCCCCCCUCGUCCUCCAGCCGCCGUCGGGGUCGAUACUUUGGAUACGGCAGCAGCAGCCCCGUGGAUGAAGGCGCCGCUCUGUGCAUCGUGGAUGUCAGCCCUGUGGCCUCUGCCACCACUCUGCCUUACAGCCCCAGCCCCCCCAGCACCCGCUGGGACUCGUUACCCCCCCGGGGCACCCCCCCAGACUCCAACACCCCCCAACGGACCGCGUCCCCCCCACCCCAAAGCGGCAUCCUGCAGUACCUCAGCCUGCCCUUCUUCAAGGAGAUGUGUGUGGAUGGCGACUGGCCCCCCCCCGAAGAACUAUCACAGCCCCCCACACCCCCAAAACAGCAGCCUGGGAUGGGGCAGGACUGCACGGACCCAUGUGCCAAGCUCCCCCCGACCCCCACCCUCUUACAGCCCCCCAAGGUGCCGCUGGGUCCCGUUAAGGCCUCGCUGCCCGGCCCCCCUGUAUGGUCGACCCCCCCAGAACCGACCCGCCGUGUCCCCCCCAUUGAUAAGACUGAAAGCAGGGAGGUGCCCCCCCCCGAGAAACUACCCCGGGGCAGCCUGACCAGCCAGAGCAGCGGCCGUGGCAGCGCAUCCUUCCUGCGGCCCCCAUCCCUUGCACCAUCCCUGGGGGGGGCUGGACCUGGUACCCCUAUGGGGGAUGGGGGCAGCUGGAAGGUGGGCAAUGAAACGGUCCCCAACAUGGGGGGAAAAAGGAGGGACACCUCGGUGGAUGAGAGCUACGAAUGGGACGCCGAGGUGACACUGACCACCGACCUGCUGGCAGCCCUGCAGCUCUAUGGCAGCUCAGAGCCCCCCCGGCCCCUCCCCACCAUCACCCUCCGGGACCUCGAGCAUCAAAGCAUGGCAAACAGGGGACCAUCGUAUGGGCUGAGCCGGGAGGUGCAGCAGAAGAUCGACCGUCAGUACGACCCCGAAUUGGAGCAGCUGUUGGUGCGUUGGAUGGUGGGGCAAUGUGGGGACGACAUCUCCCAACCCACGCCUGGGCGGGAUGGAUUCCAGCAGUGGCUCAAGGAUGGCACCGUCCUGUGCCGCCUCAUCAACAGCCUCUACCCACGGGGCCAAGCCCCGGUGGCCAAAAUCCAGCCAUCCUCCAUGGCCUUCAAGCAGAUGGAGCAGAUCUCACAGUUCCUUCAGGCUGCUGAACGUUACGGCAUCGCCGCCACCGACAUCUUCCAGACAGUGGAUCUAUGGGAAGGGAAGAACAUGGCGUGCGUGCAGAGGACGCUGAUGAACCUGGGCAGCUUGGCGGUGGCCAAAGGUGAUGGGCUCUUCGUUGGAGACCCCAACUGGUUCCCCAAGAAAUCACAGGAGAACCGGCGCGUCUUCUCAGAGGAUAAACUGAAGGAGGGGCAGAGCGUCAUCGGGCUGCAGAUGGGCACCAACCGUGGGGCCUCGCAGGCGGGCAUGACGGGCUACGGGAUGCCCCGACAGAUCCUCUGAGCAGCCCCAAAUCCCCCCCCCCUAAACCCCAAAGCUUCCAUGGGGCUGAGGGGGAAGGGGGGGGAGACCCCAAAGCGCAUCGCUCUUCCCCAUGGACCCCCCCCCACCCCCCCAUGGACCACCCCAUGGACCCUUCUGUGGACCAAUUGGGGCUGUGCCCGCCCUCCAGGACCAAAAUCUAUGGGUUUUUAUAUAAUUAUUAUUAUGUUUUCAUAUCAUUCCCUCCCCCCUCCCAUCCCAACACCGCUGUGCCUUGGGGGGGGGGGCCGUGCUGGGUAGAGCCCCCCCCCACAUAGUGGCUCUCAUCCCAAUAAAUGGCCCCUUGUUGUUUA